UUUUUUUUUACCCUUCCUUUCCACCUCCUAUAUUUAUCAUUUAAAAACAAUAGAAAAGUAAACGAGUAGAUCUUAUAGUAUUUUAUCUCUUCUGCAUGCCACAAACAUUCAACAACACUACACGACCAUCCGUCCAAGCAACAAGUAGUCAACUAUCUACUAUCAAUGCCUCCAAUAGCCAAGUUCAAACUCAAGCUAUAGUAGCAUCUUCCUCCGCGACUGAACAAGAACAGCAAAAUAAUGAACUAAAUGAUCAAGAUGAAUACAUGUGUCCAAUUUGUCGAGAUAUCUUGACUGCAGCCUUUGUUACUCCCUGUGGUCAUUCUUAUUGUUAUACUUGCAUAAAUCACCAUCUCAAACGACAACAUGACUGUCCUAUGUGCCGAGGUCCACUGGAAACCCAUCAAAUCUAUCCUAAUAUCAAUCUGAACAAGCUUAUUGAACGGUUAGGAAAGGCGUUACCUGGUAACAGCACAAACUCUAAGGCAACCCGACAGUGUAUGGAUUCUCUUCCUGAUUCAACAGAUACCCAAUCGCUAUCACGAACUUUAGUCGAACGUGCUCAAUUGAAGACACAGGAAGACAAUAUAAAAUCAGCCUUGUUAUCUUACUUUUUGGUACAAACAGAAUUAUAUAGUCAUCAGGCUAUUGAAAAAUUGAACAAGCGUUUAGAUCUGAUUUAUCAUGAUCUUGAUUCCAUUGGGUUUUACCAAUAUAAAAACACUCUCCCUCGUAGAAUCUAUUCUGAAUCGACAAACAUUGGUACCAUCUUGGAAAACGACCGUCAUUGUGGACCAGUUAUUAGUGGCAAUGAUAGUGAUCAUAGUGAUAAUGACGACAAUAACGAUAACGAAAGUGGCAAAGGUGAUAACAACGAUAGCGAUAAUGAAACUGAAGAUACCACACAACCAUCUGACAUAUCAACUGACCCUACUAUCACUAAUACAAGAAAAAGAAAAGCAACGGUUGGCAUUGAUACAAGGACAUUGCCAGAAAAAUUUCAAAAAAGAAAUGAUGAAACCACCGAGGCAUUGGAUCUUUUGCUGAAGGCAAGAAAAAAUCGAAUUAAGCAUCACUUUACUGAUUUGAUGGAUCUAUAUUUUAUUGGACGGAAAGAUAAGAAACAGGAACUAUCUUCAUUUUCUUCGACUUUAUAUAAAAUGACUUGUUAUGGCCAAUUCAAAUCCUUGGAUACUAUACAAUAUACUGAUAUUUCAAGCAAUGCUUCGAUUGUGUCCUCGAUAGAACUUGACCGGGAUGAGAACUUCGUUGCUAUUGGAGGGGUAUCCAAGGAAAUCAAACUCUACGACUUUAACUCUUUUAACGAAAGGAUAGAUGGACAAAAUGAUGAUAACGAUGAUGAUGAAGCGGCAACACAAUGUAACUUAUCAAAUCGGGAUGGAUAUAUUGGAAGACAGUCAUCGCGUUUUGGAUUGGUUCAUUGCCCUCUUCGAGUAAUUCCGUGUAUGAACAAAAUCAGUUGCCUAUCUUGGAAUCCUUAUAUUCAAUCUUUGAUAGCAAGUUCUGACUAUGAAGGAACGGUGCGACUUUGGGAUACAACAACUGGACAAUGCAUUCGGACUUUUGAAGAACAUCGACGACGAGCAUGGAGUGUGGAUACAUGUGCAAAGAAUCCUACAAUGUUGGCUUCUGGAAGUGAUGAUGCAACUGUGAAAAUUUGGUCAACUCAAUCGAAUCAAUCAGUACUUACUUUGCAACAGCGCGGAAAUAUUUGUUGCGCCAAGUUUGCGCCCAACAAUAUUCAUCAUAUAGCACUAGGAAGCGCCGAUCAUCAUAUCACUUGUUACGAUUUAAGACGACCAACAAUGCCAUUCCAUAUCUUUGCUGGACAUCAAAAGGCUGUUUCCUAUGUGAAAUGGAGAAAUGACAAUGAACUUAUAUCCUUAUCGACAGAUAACACCCUCAAGGCAUGGGAAACGGGCAAAAACGAAUGUACUCGGACAUACAGUGGACAUCAAAAUGAAAAGAAUUUUGUUGGCCUAUCAUUGAAGGAUGAAUUGAUCUCAUGUGGAAGCGAAAACAAUACAUUAUAUACAUAUCACAAAGAUAGUAGUCAACCUGUGGCAAAAUACAACUUUCCGUUGGUGGACCCUAUUACAGGACAAGAAACUUAUUGUGAAGAUGCAUCUUUGUUUGUCAGCUCUGUGUGUUGGAAGAGUGAUUCGAUGAAGGUACUUGUAGGAAAUAGUAAAGGCAUCGUCAAGGUGUUACAACUAGUAGAAUAGAUAUUAUUUAUCAUCAUUGUUGUUUAGUUUAGUUGAUAAUUAGUUAGUAGAUUAUCAUUUGAUUAGGCAUAUGAAAA